GAGCAAGAAGAAGAAGGAGGCAGCGGAGAAGAGGAACCGGACCAGGGCGGACCGAAGGGGGCCAAAAACUCACCAGGUAUGGCGGCGGUGUUGCCGAGGACCCUGGGUGAGCUGCAGCUCUACAGGAUCCUGCAGCGGGCCAACCUGCUCUACUACUAUGAGGCCUUCAUCCAGCAGGGCGGCGACGACGUGCAGCAGCUGUGCGAGGCCGGCGAGGAGGAGUUCCUGGAGAUCAUGGCCCUCGUCGGCAUGGCCAGCAAGCCGCUGCACGUCCGCCGCCUGCAGAAGGCGCUGCGCGACUGGGUCACCAACCCGGCCAUCUUCAACCAGCCGCUCACCUCGCUGCCCGUCUGCAGCAUCCCCGUCUACAAGCUGCCCGAGGGCUCGCCCACGCUGCUCAACGCCCAGGACCGGGCCAACACCGCCAGCGUCAAGAUGCCCAAAGCCAUCGCCGCCGCCUGCUCCGACCCGGGCAAGCUGGACGUGGCGAGGGACAAAGUGUCGGCCGGGUCGCCCCUGCAGGGCAGCAGCGAGGCUCGGUUCUGGUCGGGCCACAGCAACGACAGCGAGCACAGCCUGUCGCCGUCGGACCUCGGCUCGCCGUCCUCGCCCAGAGACGCCCUGGAGGCCCUGGACGCCGCCGCCGUGCAGUCGGUGCUGGAGUGCGUGGACCGGAUGGCGCCGGGACUCCCGAAGACGGACCUGGCCGAGGUCAAGGAGCAGCUGAAGAACAACAAGAAACUGGCCAAGAUGAUCGGACACAUCUUCGAGAUGAGCGACGACGACCCGCGGCGGGAGGAGGAGAUCCGGAAGUACAGCGCCAUCUACGGGCGUUUCGACUCCAAGAGGCGGGACGGCAAACACCUGACGCUGCACGAGCUGACGGUGAACGAGGCGGCGGCUCAGCUCUGUAUGAGGGACAUGGCGCUGCUGACCCGCCGGGACGAGCUUUUCGGACUCGCCCGGCAGAUUUCCAGAGAGGUCACCUACAAAUACACCUACCGCACCAGCAAAUCUCGCUGUGGAGACAGAGAUGAACCGUCCCCUAAAAGAAUCAAAACGGAGGAGAACUUCUUCGACAUCCAGGAAGCUCUGCAGGCGAUUCACAUGAGGCAGGAGAUGCUGAGGGAGCAGCUCGCCUGCGCCAAGUCGAAAGGAGAAGAAACCGUCGGACGAAGUCUGCAGAUGCAGCUGGAGCGUCUGUUGGCGAGGCAGAUGGAGAUCCUGCAAGACGCCGCCGUCCAGGAGCGACUCCAGGCUCUGGACUGGAGGAUCCCCCCCGCCGCCUUAAAGUACCUCAACGACGCCCAGAACACCAACGGGGCCGCCGCCGACGCCAACCAAGAUGAACGGCCAAUCAAUUUGCGGGUGGUCAGUCAGAGCAUGCAGGAAGGUGAGCUCCCAUUGGGCAAGCAGUUAGCCAAUGAGCUGAAGCGCCAUCACAACCACAACAACAACAAUAACAACAAUAACACCACAGAGGAGACCAAAACACCAGCAACAGAAAACGGGACGUCGCAGCGAGCAUCUAGCAACGCAGAGAAGAAGACCAUCAAGUCAGAGCCAGAAGACUCCACAUAGUGCCUCCUGCCUCGCCUCACCCCCCGGCUUCCCCUCGUACUCACCCCCAGUUCACUCUACUCACACCUGACAGUAUGCAGUUAUUACCCGUCAAUAGAUACUAAGCAAGCACAGCCACAGUAGAGCCUUAACAACCAACGUUGCCUCAUGAAUAGCAUUUAUUUUUAGUUUUCCUUUUGGUUUCUCUUUGUUUUUAAAGGUAUUAGCCAAAGCACCUAGAGAGCAUGUCGACAAGCUCAGUGCUCUGCAGGUCUUUGUCUGUUGAUUAACUGUACACGUAAUUUAAAGUGAUCUGUUGCAGACUUGUGUGUACUCUUUACCUCCGCCUGCCCUGGCUGUUGUUUGUGUUGCUUUCUUCGGACAGCCGGGUCGCAGGCUGCGGCGCCGGGGCUGAAUCUUAACUCGGGCGUAGAUUCAGAAAUGGAAAAGCAGAACAUUGGGGGAAAUGGUAACACUUUACACCACUACCACGUACUUCAAGGCCUCCUUAAGCUGCUGAUAUCGGUGUGAAAAAAACUAAAUAUUUCAAGUAUCCAGUGUUUUUUUUCUUAAUAUUUUUAUUUAUUUUAUUUAUAGGGGUGAUAAUGUUGGUCGGUCGGUUCACCAUUUUGGUCCAUGUGUGUCCAGAGAAGAGUUACGGCCAAUUUUUAUAACUAACCGUAUUUAACCGUAUUUCCUAAAAGGAUUGACACCAGACUUUAUGCAGACAGUAGCCAUGUUUCUAAAGAACUGUCAGAUAUAUUUAAAGCAAACUUUUGCCAUUUCGCAAAUAUAAGAAAAUGUGGUUAAUAAACAGGAGGUGGCAGCGUAGGCUACAUAGAAGAAGAAGAAGUAGAGGUCAUGACCUGGAAACAAAACCUUAAGGAAGAACUGAGUCAUGUUGGCAUCUCCAGGAGUGAACUAGAGAGAUCUUCUUUGUCUUCUUGUUCUCUAGAAGCAGAAACAACCGAUCAGUCAUGUGAGGUAAAUAUUAAGGUCACAACUUAUUCAGAAAUCCUAAAGUUUCCGUAACUUUAUUCAGAUUUACAUCAACUUUUUCCAGUGGGGUACUUAUACACCGAUGGAGACACGAUUAAUCAUUUUGUGCAUUUUAAUUGCAAGAAGCACCAGUCAUGUUAUUCACAAGGUAAAUUCUGCUUGUUUAAUUAAAUGUACAUCGCAUUGAACCCUCUGAACCCCGAGCAGUUUCUUUUUUCUUUUUCUUUUUAGUUUUCUUCACUGUGGUCUCAUAUUUAAAGUCCUGCACCUCUAUGAAAGCAGCACAGCAUUGAAUUUAAAUGACAAAUCAAAAACAAUUUUGAUGAAAUAUCGCAACUUCAAGCUUAGAUUUGAUGAAAUCUGCCAUUUCUUACUAUUUUUACAGUCUGGGUCUAAAAAUUGUGUUAAUUUGGCGAUUUUUUGAGAAAAACACAACCUGCUUUUAAACCUCUCUGCAGGUUUUUGGGUUCAGAGGGCUCUUCUUUGUGUUGAUUAAUAAUAAUUAGCAUGAUGGCAACCUUUACCUGCUUCUUAAAAUCAUCAGUGACCUUGUUAGGAUGCUAAAAUUAGCAUUUAGCUCCAAGAAAGGUGCACAGGAUGUAACACGGCUACUGUCACCAUACCAUGCAAUUGAUCUGUGAUGAACUGCACAUGCAAGUCAUUUAUUAGAGAAACAUUAAAAGUGGUGUCAAAUUUUAAGAUAGAAAUGGCAGAAACGUAACUUUUCUCACUAAUUUACAAGCUGCUGCAAUGAAAAACUUAAUAGACGUCCAAUUUAUUGUUUUGGGUGGUUUUUAGGAAAUAAAACCUAAAAGUUACAACCUGAUACCAUAUGAUAAAUGAAUUUUAGCAAAAUAAAUGAUAUGCAAGGCAUGUUUAUGGCACCAUUAAUCACUUUUCUCUGCACAUUUGACAUCAACAACUCGGCAAGUGCAGUUUUAGAGGUCUUUCACGUAAUUUUACCAGUUCAUGACUCAUUUUUCAGAUUAUUCUGACACCACAUGAAUGUGAAAGACAGCUUUAGUCAUUGUACAAACUAGCAUCAAGUCUUAACCCGUCACAAAGCAGUUCGUCUGUCUGCACUACUAAAUAUUCCCAAAAACGCAAUGAAUAAUUGACCAAUUAAUUCAUAGUUUUGGGUUGUUUUUAGGAAGAAAAGCCCAAAUCCUCUGAUAUUUUCCAUUUUCUUUCCAUCUCUGUGAAAUACACUGAAUAUUUGGGGGUUUUGGGAAACACCGAUCAACAUUUUAUCACUGUUUUAAUCAACCAAACUACAGGGGGUCCUCGACUUAGUUCCAUUCCAACGGCGCGACAUAAGUCAAUUUUCGCCGUAAGUCGGAACUCCAGCAAAAAUGUAAACAAAGCCGUUACGUGCAUCACGAUAUCGCUGCUUCGCCCCAUUCUGAGCGUUUUAUUAUAUCUGAUUUCACUUCCAUGGAGAUGGCUUUCCUUUUCUUUGAAGAACUGCCAUCAGAAAAGUCUGACUUAAGCUUGGGAGCCAUAAUAUGGGGCAAAAAAUUAGCGAAUGUGGCACGAUCUGAGGUGGCGUACAACCUGCGAAUGUAAACAACGCCAUCUUAUAGCGGCAGGUGACGACGUUUUCAUCCGCUUCGCUCACCAACUAGUUCCACGUAACCAGUUCUGACGUACCGAUGAAGCGCCGUACGUCGUAAACCGAGGACCCCCUGUAAUCGACGGUGAAGUUUGAACGUUCAGCAGCGUUUGUUUGGUUCUCGUGGUCGUUUCUCUCCAGACAUCUUCUGAGCCUCCGUCACUCCCAAAAUCUAACUUGUGCGUUUUGUACUGUAACUGAAAAUUAAAAAGGCGUGCGUACUGUAGGGAGAGUUAAGAUGCAGCCCCCCGUAGCAGGGUCUUAUUUUCACCUCUUUUUUUGUCGUUUCACUUCAAAUGGGAAAUAAAAUUUAAAAAAAACAAAAAAAACAGGCGAGUUGGGAUUAAUCCCGCCCUCCUCACUCUUGUCUUGUGUAUAUUUAUGGGAGGUAAUUUAGAAGAGGAUGUAUAGGAGCUGUUGUGGAACCUCUGUCGUCCGUCUUGGCGGGAUGGUUUUGGCUGGCAUGCCGGAGGUCCAGCUAAUUGGUUCAUUUCUUUGUAAUUUAGCAAAAUGCCGCUGUUGAGGCGAAACCACGCAUCUGCAAGUGGGGAAUAUUUCAGGAGUAAAGAGGCUUGUGUGCGGUGAAAUAUUAAAAGCUUGCAGGUUCGCGGCGUCCCGACAACAGCUGUGGAAAAAAACUCCUGUUUGUCGCUGCUCUCGGUGGAAGCAGGUCUGUAAAUACCGUGAUAACAAAUAGUGCUAGCCUAAUCUCUCAACCAGGGUUUUCCUUCGUCGAGUGUAACUUUGCUGUAGAUUUUUUGGUGUCAGUACAAGUGUUUAUGUAUGUAGAGCGAAAAAAAAGAGAGAAAAAAGAAAUCUUAAGUGUCAUUGAGGAAAAAAAAAAUACAAGCGUGUGAAAGUGUCUGGUGUAUAAAAAAACCUGCUUUACAUGAUGCUAAUGUUGUUAGCCUUAGCUCCUAACAGUGUUUAAUCCACCUGUGAUGGCCUCCAGUGCAGAUUUCAAAUGUGUUUUUUGCUGUUUAGAGGUAGAUGCAUAACAAAUAAGUGUUCACUGUGUUUUUCCGUGUUCGCCACAUUGUGUAAAUACGUCUGUUUGGUCCGAGGUGAUAGAAACGUCCAGACAAUUUGGUCCUGCAGAUAGUCUAGUCUCACUCAGAGAGACCAAUGCAAUAUUUCUGUAAGUAAUAAGUCUAUUUGCAUUCUGUGUGGAUCCAUUAUUGUGUGCUCAGUAACUGUACGUCCGGGAACAGAAAAUGUUUGUGUCGUCUCGCUUCUCAGAGUGUUCUUUCCGCCCAGUUCCACGAUGAGGUUUCAGGACUGGAGGUCGUUGUUCAGACCUGGUCCUGGCCGGUUCCGGUACUGCUGGGUUUUUCAGAGAACAGCGCAUGUCUGACCCGCCGUCUCACCGUUCCCCUCACUGUUUAUUGUAAAGUGAUAGAUUAGGCUUCACCUAGUUAUGCACCUGUUUUUUAAACACUAAUAUAUUUUAUUUGUUAUACAGCACAUAAACAUUAAACUUUAUUUUUUUGAAAUCUA